AUGGGUGGUGAAAAUGAUUCGCUGGCUACUAUCAAAGCAUUUUUUCUACCGUUGAAACUAGAACCAUACCAAAUUGAAUCCUUGAAGCACGGUCUAGAAAAAUCUGGUGGUGAAGUGUGUAUCGAUCAAGCUAGCGCAAAUGUAAUGUUAACAGCACUAGCGUCUGCUUCGCGUGUGAAAAGACAUCUGGAAAACCAUACGGUACCGGUUGUCAAAAUCGAGUGGCUAAAGGAAUGUCUGAAGAAACACGAGUACAUACCUAUGAAUACAUAUCAGAUCCAAAUGGGUCACCCUGGAGCCAAGGAUGAGAAGGAUGACACUCAAUCCUCCAAGCAACAACAGCAACAACAAGAGCAACCAUCAAUUCGGCUUGCGCGGUCAGAAGAAGUUUUAAACAGACGAUAUGAUCAUAUGCCUCCAGAUCCGCUCCCAUCCUUUGAUAAUGAAGAAGAACAGGACGAAGCAACCUCAGAAAAUCAUGUUGACGGCGAUCUUGCUUCAGGUUUCUUAAAUACAAAAUACGAAUGUUUGCGAAAAACACCACUUAAUGCACGACAUCACGGAAAACUUGUUUUCUUACUACGACUAUUGGAACGUCAGCGCUUAAUGGAUAUGCAAGACAAGAAUGCAUUGAGCUACAGGCAUGCAAUUGCGGCUAUCAAGGCAUAUCCACGAAAGAUACAGUCUGCUGACGAGGCAAAGCAAAUUACUGGCAUCGGCAAAAAGAUCUCUGAUUUGAUUCGUAUAUAUUUGAAGACUGGCACGAUUCCAGAUGCCGAAAGCCUGUUGAGCGAUACAAAGUUUCGCACAUUGACUCUUUUUAACAAAGUGUUUGGCGUGGGUCCAUCGACUGCUAACCUAUGGUACGCUAAAGGGUAUCGUACGCUUCAAGAUGUGCUGAAUGAAGCCAAAUUGGUUAAGGUAGUGAAGCUAGGAAUCGAAUUAUUACCUGAUUUGGAGCAACCUAUGAGUCGACAAGAUGUCAAAGAGCUUAUCGACAUUGUGGAGAAAGAAGUCAAAGAAAUCGAUUCAAAAGCGUUCGCUACACCUGUGGGUGGCUACAGACGAGGAAAAGAAGAAAACGGCGAUUUGGAUAUUGUCAUUGCUAGUCAUCACUUGAAGCACGGUACCGAUCUCUUUAUACGGAAGAUAGUCGAUCGUAUGAUCGAACAAGGCUACGUUAAACAUGUCCUUCUUAUUUCGGACAAAGCCAGCAAGGGCUCUUCUGGAACUCACUAUAGCAGUAGUGGUGGAGAUAUGGAUAGACUGGAUACGUGCUUUACGGCAUUCUUGCAGCCGUCAACACAAACUCUGAGACAGGUGGACUUUAUAGUAACUUCACUUGAUGAUUAUGCGUGUGCGGUUUUGGGUUGGAGUGGUUCUCAGCAGUUUGAGCGAUCUCUCAGAGAUUAUGCCAAAAAGGAAAAAGGCUUAUCAGUAAAGAGCUCAGGCAUAUACAAGGAUUCGUCACGAGAACGUAUACCUGUCAAGACAGAAGAACACGCGUUUGAAAUCAUCGACAUACCCUGGGUCGAACCAUCCAUGCGAAACUGUUAA